AGCCUCACCACCUGCCGAAGGCAAUAGAUUGUGCUGGCAUAUUCAUAGCCGCCGACCGAGCCAUAUCCUAGAAGCACAAGGCAUCAACCACACCGCAGCUUCCCGUAUCCGUAUUCCGCGAGUUGCCAUCCGAGCGUGUGAGGAGUGCAACAGCAGCAGCAGCGGCAGCAUCUGGACCGCACAUUCCUACUCUAGCAACUCUAGCAAGCAACACUCACAGCAUCGCGCCUUCCGUUGUUGUGCGCAGCGCAGCUACUUGACUCAAGAUGGAUCUCGGCCAUGACAUGCUAGUCGACUCUGACUAUGACGAGAAGCAGCAGGAUGUAGCCAUCAUAUCACCCGAAGACGACUCGAUGGAGGAGGCUGCCGUGCAGGAACCCCAGGCCGACGACUACGCCGCCAUGCGCAACCGCUUCAUGCCCGAAGACCCCGAUCUCGAAAUCGAGUCAGAAACCACAUUUACCUGGGACAUCAAAGACUGGCGCACACUCCCUCGCAGACACCACAGCCCGACAUUCCACACCGGCGACCACCCCUGGAAGGUCCUCUUCUUUCCCGCUGGUAACAACGCGAAUGAGUCAGUCAGCUUCUACCUCGAACAGGGCUAUGGCGAGGAAGACAAGCCCCCGGCAGACUGGUAUGCAUGUGCUCGCUUCAUGCUCGUCCUUUGGAAUCCGAACGACCCGUCCAUAUAUCUGCACCACGAGGCUCAACACCGCUUUAAUCAAGAGGAGGGCGAUUGGGGCUUUACACGCUUUGCCGAGAAGAACAGAGUGUUUGCGACUCGUUUCGACGACAAGGACCGCCCCUUGAUAGAAAACGACACUGCGAAACUGACAGCCUAUGUCCGCGUCCUGAAAGACCCAACUGGUGUGCUGUGGCACAACUUUGUCAACUACGACUCGAAGAAAGAGACCGGCAUGGUGGGUCUGCGCAAUCAAGGUGCCACCUGCUACCUAAACUCCUUGCUCCAAUCCCUAUUCUUCACCAACGCUUUCCGCAAGGCGGUGUACCAAAUACCUACAGAGAACGAGACGGACGCACGAAACAGCAGUGCCUGGGCCUUGCAGCGUCUCUUCUACAAGCUACAGACUGAUCCUGCCGCCGUCUCCACCAUGGAACUUACCCAAUCUUUUGGAUGGGAAUCUCGCCAGGUCUUCGAGCAACAAGAUGUCCAAGAACUUUCCCGUAUUCUCAUGGACAAACUGGAAGAAAAGAUGAAGGGCACCGAAGCAGCAAACGUCCUAGCCGAGAUGUUUGUCGGUAAGAUGAAGACGUAUCUCCGCUGCAUAGACGUAGAUUACGAGAGCUCUCGUGUUGAGGACUUCUGGGACUUGCAACUUAAUGUCAGCGGAUGUAAGACGCUUGACGACAGUUUCCGUGAUUACGUCCAGGUCGAGACUCUUGAAGGCGACAACAAAUAUGCCGCUGAAGGUUAUGGUCUACAAGACGCCAAGAAGGGAGUCAUCUUCGAGAGCUUCCCUCAGGUACUGCACCUCCAACUCAAGCGAUUCGAGUAUGACUUUGUGCGUGAUGCCAUGGUCAAAGUCAACGACCGCUAUGAAUUCCCUGAGAUCUGGGACGCAUCUCCAUACCUCUCAGAGACGGCCGAUCGCUCAGAGCCGUACAUCUACCGCCUGCAUGGCGUGCUUGUGCACAGUGGCGAUAUGAAUGCCGGUCAUUACUAUGCGUUCAUCAAGCCCACCAAGGACAGCCCAUUCUUCAAGUUCGACGACGAUCGCGUCACCCGCGCCACCCCCAGAGAGGCUAUGGACGAGAACUUCGGUGGCGACUAUGCCCCUACUGGUCCUAAUGGUGCCACCAAGAUGCAGAACCCCUUCACUCGUCAAUGGUCGACCAAGCGUUCGAUGAGCGCUUACAUGCUGGUCUACAUCCGUGAGAGCCGUAUUGAUCAGAUUCUGGGAGACAGUGACAGUAUCCAACCUCCCACACACCUGCCAAGCCGCCUCGCUGAGGAGCGCGCUGCACUCGAACGCAAACGCAAGGAACGCGAAGAGGCUCAUUUGUACAUGAACGUUCAGGUUGCGACAGAAAGCAACUUCCGCUCCUACCAAGGUUUCGAUCUGGUCGAUUGGAAAUCAACAGACCAGGAGGAAGCUGUAGCUCCUAGAGUUUUGCGAUGCAAGAAGGCGAUGACCUUGUCAGAAUUCAACGAGCAAGUCGCACAGGACAUUGGAACUGACGCAGAUCUAAUUCGUCCCUGGGUCAUGGUCAACCGCCAGAACGGUACUGUCAGGCCCGACCAUCCUCUCAAUUACUCGACAAUGACCCUCGAAGAAGCGAAUGCCAAGUUUUCUACCAGGGCAGCGUCAUUCCGACUUUUCAUCGAGCAAACUACCCGUGGUGAAGAUGGCAAGCCGGUGUGGCAUGCUGAUGUUCCGCCGCCUUCACCACCCGCCCAGGAGCAGAAGCCCAUUAUUGUCUUCCUCAAACAAUUCGAUCACGAAACCCAGACGCUCAAGGGUGUAGGUCACACGUACAUGCUUCAGCACCAGAAGGUUCAAGAUCUCGCUGAGCCGAUCUUGAAACUCAUGGGAUGGGAAGCUGGUACAUCGCUCAAGCUGUUCGAAGAGAUUAAGCAAAACUUUAUCGAUGUCAUGAAGCCCAAGCAGACUUUGGGCCAGUCUGAGAUCCAAGACGGCGACAUUGUCUGCUUCCAGAAGGUCAUGACAGUGGAAGAGGCCCAAGCAUUCCAGCAGAGCUACCCUUCUGCCUACACUGAUGCAAUCUCCUUCUACGAUUAUCUAUUGAAUCGCAUCCGUGUAUUCUUCUUACCACGUCCUGGAGCACCUCAGAGCGUGCCACUCGAGCAGGGAGCGGAUGAGUUCGAGGUCUUCCUAUCGAGAAAGGACUCGUACGACACUUUGGCAAACAAGACAGCCCAACAUCUGUCGAUAGUUUCGAAGACAGAGGUCGAUCCUACACAUUUGCGAUUCACUACAGUCAACUCACAAAGCGGCAAGCCUCGUGCGCCUGUCAAGCGAACGCCUACAACGACAGUGCAGACCAUUCUUGCUGGUGUUGGUACUGGCGGUUACGGUGGUGGUUAUGGCUACACAAAUCAGUCACCCGACACUUUGUACUACGAAGUCCUGGAGAUGAGCUUGGCAGAUUUGGAACAACGCAAGACAGUCAAGGUGAUAUGGCUCCCCGAAGGAGUGACCAAGGAAGAAACAUUCGACUGUCUUGUUCCCAAGGUUGGUACUUUCGAAGACGUCCUCCCGGUGUUCCAGAGGAAGGCCAAGCUGCCAGACGAGCUCAUUGAGCAAAUUCGAUUCUACGAGGCUCACUCUGGCAAAGUGUAUAAGAAUCUUGGCCUAGAUACACCAGUGUCGACUUUGAACGAGUUUAUGCAAGUCUACGCAGAGCGUCUGCCAGAAGAGGAACGAGAGGCCGAGAAGGAGGGUACGCCUCCGCUCAUCGGAUGUUUCCAUUACGACAAAGAGCCCGCGAAACCGCACGGUGUGCCUUUCAUCUUUCUUGUCAAGGAGGGCGAGAUCUUCAAGGAGACCAAGGAGAGACUGUCGAAGCGCACAGGCAUCAAAGGCAAACAGUUCGAGAAGAUCAAGUUUGCGGUCAUUCCACAUGGAAGCUACUCUCGGCCAAAGCCUCUCGAAGACGAUGACAUUCUCUCGGAAAGCUUCAGCGAGGGCGAUCAACUGGGUCUGGACCAUGUCAAUAAGGCACGUAACGCAUGGCUCAAGUAUGAGAGCUUGAAUAUCCGAUAAAUGAAUUGUGAAUGGAGCAGUAGCAAAAUGAAGCCACUAGCACUGUAAGAGGAUAUGGUUAUCAAAGAAGCAUCCAUGGUCGGAAUGAGGUGCACACUAUCGUGCCGGCAGAGCUGAGAUUGGAGAAGGUAACCUACAUGGAUCGACAGAUUAGCAGUCAGGCUCUCGGCUUCUCGACAGAGGUUAGCGUACAGCGAAGGAUACAGUAGCAGAAGUCGAAGGACGUGUUGGCGACAGACACGAACAAAGUAGACAUGAGAGAAUGCAAACAUGGUUAAUUUGAUACAUAAACCGG